AUGGCUACGCUGCAGCAAAGGAAACCGCCCCACGCGGCAGAUGUUGACAUAGUCUCCGUGCUGGAAAGCACGGAUGGCGACGAGGCCCUCAAGCUCGUAGGUCGGGAACGAACGGCUCAAUUCAGCGAGGGUUACAACAAGCAGCUGCGCAGGAAGCUGGACCACGUUAUACCUCCUCUCUGCGCUGCAGUGUACUUCACGCAGUUUCUAGACAAGACCUCUCUAAACUACGCGAGCAUCAUGGGCUUCCCUAUUACUGGACAGCACUACAACUUGGUGUCUCUCGCGUUCUACGCCGGUUUCUUAGCAUGGGUAUUCCCGACGGUGUACAUCGCGCAGAAGACGAGGGUCGCGAAGUAUCUUGGCGCCAACAUCAUCGUGUGGGGUGUUGUGCUAAUGUGCCAUGCUGCCACUACCUCGUUCAACGCAUUCUUUGCUCUGCGCUUCAUCCUCGGCAUGUGCGAGAGCUGCGUUACUCCGAUUCUCAUCUUGAUUAUUGCUAUGUUCUAUAAGAAAGACGAACAGGGAACGAGGGUAUCGUGGUUCUAUAUGAUGAACGGUAAUCGGGACUUCGUGCAAUCUAGUCUAUCGCAAAUAUUUGGCGGCUUCUUCGCCUACGGAGUCUCGUUCUAUGAAGGUCACGUUCUGUUGCCAUACCAGAUCAUUUUCUUGCUCCUGGGCGUGCUCGCCAUAAUGGUCGGCGUUUGCGUCAUCGUCUGGCUUCCUGAUUCUCCCGUGAACGCGCAUAUGCUUACGACGGAGGAACGCAUCGCAGCGCUCGAACGCGUACGGGAUGGCCAGGCCGGUACCGAGAACAGGCACUUGAAGAAGGAACAGGUCAUCGAGGCCCUGGCGGAUUUACGCACCUGGCUCAUCGCGUUGAUAGUCAUCCUGUCGAGUAUUCCAAAUGGAGCGUUCAGUAACUUCAGCAACAUCAUCAUAAAGGGUUUUGGCUACACUUCGAGGCAAACUUUGAUACUAUCGACACCGGGCGGCGCAAUAGCCUCCAUAGCCACUUUGUUAUGUGGGUGGUACUCUGACAAGAAGAACGAGAGGAUAAUGCCUAUCAUCAUAUGCCUCGUUCCUACCAUGGUGGGCUCCGCCAUGUUGAUUGGCCUGAACGACUCGGGGCACAAAGGCGCCCUCCUUGUAGCGAUCUACCUUGUCAAUAUCUUCAACACCGUUCUGCCGACAGUAUACGCGUACAACGCAAGCAAUAUUAGUGGUAAUACGAAGAAGAAUACGGUUAAUGCGUUGACACUGACAUUCUUCGGCGCGGGCAACAUGAUCGGCGCUGAGAUAUUCCAGCCCAAAGACGCGCCGGCAUACAUCCCAGCGAAGACCGCCAACAUGGUUCUGAUCACCCUCCAGCUUUUUAUUACGCUGUGGGUGCGCUGGAUCAACUUGCGUCUCAAUGCUCAGAAGAGAGCGACGUUGGAGGAGGAGAGGAUCAAACAUGGCUGGACGGACGCCGACGUUCAAAGAGAACGUGAGCGACACGCGUUCAUGGACUUGACUGAUAAACAGAAUCCGUUCUUCGUGUACGCUCCCUGA